AUGCAGCCCGCCAUGCAACGCAAGAGAAAGCUCUCCGUCUCCGGCCCUGCCACCAAAGAUACACUCGUCAAGAAGUUCAAGGAAGAAAUCGACGCAGAGAAGAGAAAGAAGAUACGCCUCGAAUGGUAUCUCAAGCAGCUCCUGCUCGAGAAGGAGAUGCUCGUCAAGGAGAACGAGAUUGAAUUCGCGCAGGCGAUGCAAUCUAUCGCAAAUCUCGACGCCGCUUCUGCUUCGCUUCCCACCACCGUACGACCCGUCAUCACGACCACGACCCUCACGACUGCCCCCGUCGCCAUCCCGAUCAUGACCACCACCGCCUCCGCUUCGUCGAUGGAAACGUCGACUGCCGCCUGCCUCGACGCCAGCCCCAGCUCCUACAGCUCCUACUUCUCGAUCCGAAACGAACUGCCGGUCAAGAUCGAGGCCGAGGAAGAUUUGGGUGCUGACGUCGCCAGCCCUGGCCCCACCACGGAGGAUUCCAACCUCGACGAGCUGCCAAUAUUUGAGCCGCAUGAGGAGAGCAAGCCCCUCGAGGAAAUCUUCAGCACCGAAUGGGAACAGACCCACUGCUGGUGGGAUGAAGACGAGCUGUCUCAAUUCCUCGCCGUUCCACCAUCUCUCAUGGUGUAG